AAAUCCAACUUUGAGAGAGACUGCACUAACACUGUGUAUUCCCAAUUCCAAAUUCCAUAAGCCUAAAAGAAGCAAGCAAAAGGAAAAGGAAAAGGGGAAACAUCUCUCUUUUUCUCUAUGGAUGUACAUAAAUUGGUCGUCAUUCUCAACUGAGAAUUAAUCUGUAGCAAGUCAUUUAUUUGGUGAAAAGUAGCAAAUUUUUUCGUUCUUCUCAGUAACAAACAAAACCCAAACCACAAAAUCACUCUAGAACCACAAAUUUGGUCUUAUUAUACAAAAAUUUCCCUUAUCUUACCUUAACCUGGUAUACUAGUACCCUUUCAUUAGUGGGAUCAGUCAAAAAAUUGUUACUUUUAUAGUCAACAGACAUACAAUAUGCAAGACCAAUCAUCAAUAUAUUCACAGAUCAAGCCUCAAUUCCCCGAUCAAGAAAUCUUGAAGUGUCCUAGAUGUGACUCAAUUAACACAAAGUUUUGUUACUACAACAAUUACAACCUUUCUCAGCCACGUCAUUUCUGUAAGAAUUGUAAAAGGUAUUGGACUAAAGGAGGUAUUUUAAGGAACAUACCAGUUGGUGGUAGCUCUCGUAAGAACACGAAACGAUCAUCUUCUACAAAUAGUAAACGCUCUUCUUCAUCUUCAACUUCAACUUCAGCAGCACAUCCAAAAACAGAGGUUUUUGCUACACCUGUUGUUCCGGUUUUUGAUCAGAAUAGCCCGAUUCUUGAUGUGAACGGGCCUUUCAGCUCGCUAUUGUUGUCAAACGGGCCUGAGAUGGGCAACUUGUUAGAAACUUUAAAUACCAACGGGCCCAAUCCGGGCUUUGUUUCGGGCUCAGAUGCUGCAUCUCAAAGUGGGAAUUUUCAGAAUAGUGAAGAUUCUAAUUGUUGGAAUGGUAGUAAUAGUUGGCCUGAUCUUGCUAUUUACACCCCAGGUUCAAGCUUUCAGUAAUUAAUUACUACUACUGUGUUUAUUAGAAUUUGUACCAGUACUAUAGUACUUAAGAAAAUGCAUUGAUCCUUUAAUUUGCUAAGCAUAAACAAAUAGGCUUCAAUUCCAAAUUAGUUGAGAUCAGCAUAUGUUAUACUAUUGCUAAGUGCUUAUUAAUUUUAAAGCUUGUGCGUUGCGUGAAUUUUGGAAGUGCUAUUUAACCUCUGAAAAUUAGGUGUAAGGCCAUAACACUAGUUUUGUUUGUGUAAUGCUUAACACGUAGUAGUACAUAAUUGUGUGUGAUUUAAAACUUCAUGUAUGUUAUUCCUGAGGGAAAUGAUAAAUUAUGAAGCUCUUUCCUUUUC